AUGAGUUCUAAAACUUGGGCUGAUGGCCCAUUCCCGCUCAUUAGCGCCUCAAUAUCUGGAGACAAUGUAGAAAAGCCAGUCCAGGGAGCAAGGAAGCUCGCGGCCGAAAUGACACUCGUCCACAACCUCAUCCUCCGAGGCAUCAACGCAAUCUACAACCAAGCCGCCAACGUCGGGGUCAGAGGGGCAGACAAGGACAAGCUCGACUUUUCCAACUUUGCGUACCAGUGGGGGGCCAUGCUGUCGGAGCACCACGACACUGAGGAGAAGAUGGUGUUUCCGGAGAUUGAAAAGAUAACAGAGGUGCCGGGCCUGAUGGGAGACAGCGUGGCAGAGCACCAUGCGUUUCAUGACGGACUGACGCAGUACAUGGAGUAUCUCGACAAAGUCCGGAACGGCAACGAUACUUAUGACGGAGAGAAGCUGAAGACCAUCAUCGACUCGUUUGUCCCGGUAAUGCAGGAGCAUCUAGUCCACGAGAUCGAAUCGCUCGUCAAGUUGACAGAUCAUGAAGAUAAAUGCGACUGGGCAGCCUGGUUCAAGAAGACGGUCGACGCCAUUGUGAGCAAGGACAUGAAGGACUCUGAGUUUCGGGCAAGUCUCCAACCCUCAAGACGCUGGACGAAUAAGCUGACAACUAACACGUUUCCUCUAAGCAUGAUCCUCCAUGACAAGACCUUUGAGGGCGGCGUCUGGAGCAGUUUCCCACCUGUUCCAUGGCUGGUCAUGUGGGUGAUGAAAUACCUGUUUAUGUAUACACGUAAAGAUUGGUGGAGGUUCGCGCCAUGCGACUACAACUCACAGCCCCAGGAGCUACCAUUUGCAUCAUGA